UCUUCAGUCGAGCGAGUGAGUGAAGCGAGUCGUGUCCUCGAAGUCUGUUUGGUUGACAGUCGGUGGCUGCGAUGUGAGAGUGGCGAUGGCGUUUGCGUUCGCAAUGCUGUUGGUGGCGGCGGGGGCUGCGUCGGCCGCCCCCGGCUGUCCCGCCGAGUGCUCGUGCGUGGCCAGCGUGGUGGACUGCGCGAGACGAGGCCUCCUGCAGGUGCCCCCCGACCUGCCCUCGGACGCCCACCGAAUCGACUUGCAGGGGAACAACUUGACGGUGAUUUUGGAGUCAGACUUUGAGGGCCUGGCCCACCUGCGGAUUCUGAAUCUGGUCAACAACCAAAUCCACACGGUCGAGAAGGACGCCUUCCAGGACUUGGCCGCCCUCGAGAGACUGCGGCUGAGCCACAACCGGCUGCGCCACCUGCCCGACCUGCUCUUCGCCAGCGCGCCCAACUUGCACCGCCUUGACCUGAGCCACAACCAGCUGGUCAGCGUGGGCCGCAAGUUGCUGCGUGGCCUCACCUCUCUGAAGAAUCUACAACUCGAGUUCAACCAGCUGACGUGCGUGGACGAGGCGGCCAUAAAGGGUCUCAAAGACCUCGAGAUUUUGACGCUGAACAACAACAACCUGACGACGCUGGCCAAGGACGUGUUUGAGCCGCUGUUCCGGCUGCGCAGCCUCAAGCUGAGCGACAACAACCUGAUUUGUGACUGCCACCUGUCGUGGCUCGCGCGCUGGCUCAAACGUAACCCGCAACUCGCCCCCUACGCCCGCUGCUUCGCCCCCAACCCCCUCAAGGGACAGCCCCUCGUCGAGCUCCACGACAGGGAACUGAAGUGCAGCGGAUUGGUGGAGCGGCCGAGUGGUGGGGGUGAGUGCGUUGGGGAGGUGCAGUGUCCCCACCUGUGCCGCUGCGAUCAGGGCAUUGUUGACUGCCGCGAAAAGGGCCUCGCCAAGGUGCCCACCCACCUGCCGGACGCCGUCACAGAGCUGCGAUUGGAGCAGAACGCGAUCACGGAGAUCCCAGCGCGCGCUUUCACGCCCUACAAGCGGCUCAGCCAAAUUGACCUGAGCAACAACAAGAUUGCGCGCAUCGCCCCUGACGCCUUCCAGGGUCUCAAAGGCCUCACCUCACUGGUGCUUUACGGCAACAAGAUCUCCGAGCUGCCCGCCGGACUUUUCCACGGUCUUUCCAAUCUCCAGCUGCUGUUGCUGAACGCCAAUGAGAUCUCGUGCAUCCGGCAAGACGCCUUCAAGGACCUGCACGCGCUCAACUUGCUGUCUCUGUACGACAACAAAAUCAGUUCGCUGCGCAACGGCACCUUCGUCUCCCUUCGCAACAUCCAGACACUGCACCUGGCGCGGAACCCGUUCGUGUGCGACUGCCGGCUGCUGUGGCUGGCCGACUACCUGCGCAAGAACCCGAUCGAGACAUCGGGGGCGCGCUGCGACUCGCCCAAGAAGAUGCAGCGACGCCGCCUCGAGACCAUGACCGAGGACAAGAUGAAGUGCAGCGAGGCGGCCAAAAAGGCGCUGGCCGACGAGUGCUCAGCCGAUGUGCUUGGCUGUCCGGCCGGCUGCAGCUGCCUCGGCACCGUCGUCGACUGCUCUGGCAUGCGCCUCACCUCCGUCCCCGCCGACGUCCCCCAGCACACCACCGAACUGCUGCUGAACGACAACGAGAUCUCGGGGGUGGUGGCGGAUGGGCUGUUUGGGGGGUUGCCUCAUUUGCGCCGCCUCGACCUCAGCCGCAACCGCAUAGACGCCGUCGAGCCCAACACCUUCGAAGGUUGCGCCAAACUGCAUGAACUGCUGCUUUCCGGCAACAAGCUGAGCGUGGUCAACAAGAAGUCCUUCCUGGGGCUGAACACCUUGAAGAGGCUCGCCCUGGACGACAACCGCAUCUCCUGCGUCGCCCCAGGGUCCUUCGACCACCUCGACGCCCUCCAGACCUUGGAGCUGAAGGGAAACGCGUUCAACUGCAACUGCCACCUGGCGUGGCUGGGCGAGUGGGUGCGGCGCCGCUGGGGCGCCGAGGGCGGCGCCACGGUGCCGACGUGUGCGUCCCCGGCGCGUCUGCGUGGGUCGGCGCUGUCGCAGGUGGCUCCGCACGAGUUCAAGUGUGGAGGCGGCGCCGACGGCGACGCCGGCUGCCUGGGCGCUGACUACUGCCCGCCCAAGUGCGCAUGCGCGGGAACCGUGGUGCGGUGCUCGCGCGCCAACCUCACUGUCGUGCCAGACAACCUCCCCCCGGAGACCACCGAACUGUACUUGGACGCCAACGAGAUUCAGACGGUUGAAAUCGAAAAGAUCAAGCACCUGAAGCACCUCACCAGGCUUGACCUUAGCAACAACCACAUCUCGGUGCUGCCCGACUACGCGUUUGCGUCGCUCUCCAAACUGGCUACAUUGAUUGUGAGCUACAACAAGCUGCAGUGCAUCGAGCCAAACGCACUCAAGGGCCUCAAGUCUCUGCGCAUCAUAUCUCUGCACGGCAACGACAUCUCUCUGCUGCAGAACGGCACCUUCGACGACCUCCACUCGCUCACCCACAUCGCGCUGGGGUCAAACCCGUGGUACUGCGAUUGCUCUCUGCGCUGGUUGUCCGAGUGGAUCAAGCGCGACUUUGUCGAGCCAGGGAUCGCGCGGUGCGCCGAGCCUGCGCAUGCGCGGCACGAGUUGCUGCUGACUGCGCCUGCGGAGGCGUUUGCUUGCGGUGCGGCGCCGGUGGCGCCGUCUGUGCUGGCCAAGUGCGACGCGUGCUUCCGGUUCCCGUGCGCGAACGGGGGCACGUGUCGGCGCGUCACAGGGCGCGCUUUCGAGUGCGGCUGCGCGCCAGGCUUCCACGGACGCCGCUGCGAGCACAUGGUGGACGCGUGCUUCGGCAACCCUUGCGGCAACGCGGCUUCGUGCGUCGUCCUCGAGGAGGGCCGCUUCAGCUGCCAGUGUCCGCCCGGCUUCACCGGCGAGCGCUGCGAGUCCAACAUCGAUGAGUGCCUCGCCCACAAGUGCCACAACGGCGCCACCUGUCUCGACCUUGUGCAGGCGUACCAGUGCCUCUGCCAGCCAGGAUUCACAGGCAAGUACUGUGAGAAGAAGAUCGACUUCUGCACCAAGGAGAUGAACCCGUGCAAGAACGGCGCCAAGUGCGUUGACAAGGGAACGAGCUACAGCUGUGAGUGCCUGGCGGGCUUCAGUGGGUCCAACUGCAGCGUGGACGUGGACGACUGCGUGAACCAUAUGUGCCAGAACGGGGGCACGUGCGUGGACCAGGUGUCGGGCUACACGUGCGCGUGUCCCAGCGACUUCUCGGGAAAGUUCUGCGAGGUGAGUCCGAUGGUGGCGAUGUUGUACCCGGCGACGUCGCCGUGCCAGCAGCACGACUGCAAGCACGGCAUUUGCCACCAGCCCAACAUGGAGUCGAAUGAGUACCUGUGCCGGUGCGCGCCAGGCUACUCGGGCAAGCGGUGCGAGUACCUGACGUCGGUGUCGCUGCGCCACAACGCCAGCUUCGUCGAACUCGAGCCGCUGAGCACGCGGCCGGCGGCCAACGUCACCGUCCGCUUCUCCACUGCCCAGCAAAGCGGCGUCCUCCUCUACGACGGCGAACAUCAACACCUCGCCGUCGAGCUCUUCCACGGCAGAAUCAGGGUGAGUUUUGACGUUGGCAACUACCCGGUGUCGACGAUGUACAGCUUCGAGCAGCUGGCCGACGGGCGGGUGCACACGGCCGAGUUCCUGCUCGAGGGCAAGAACUUUACUUUGCGCGUGGACCAGGGCAGGGCGCGCUCGAUCAUCAACGCCGGCGACAAGGACUUCUUGCGACUCACAUCGCCGCUGUUUCUGGGGGGCGUGCCCGCCGAGGUGGGCGGGGCCGCCUUCCAGCAGUGGCACCUGCGCAACCUGAGCAGCUUCAGCGGCUGCCUGCUCGACGUCUGGGUCAACCGCAAGCCUGUCGACUUCGGCAACGCCGCCCGCAUGCACAAGGUCACGCCGGGCUGCGCCCACCUGCUGCCUCCCGAGUUUGACGCCGCCCCAGACGCCCACCUUCAGCCGCGCGCACAGCCCGAUGACCUCCUCAAGGCAAAGAAAACCAGCUUCGACCGGGCGGCGUCCAAACUGGCAUCAGCGGGCGGUUGUGAGGUCAGCCGGUGUCGUCAUGGCAAGUGCGUGGCGCCGCGCGGCGCCGCCGACUACUCUUGCGUUUGCGACAAGGGAUGGACUGGCGUCUUCUGCGAUCAAACAACGGCAGGUGCGGCGGCGGCAGGUUCUGGAGGCGGUGGGGGCGGCACGUGUCGUAAGGAGAUGUCGCGCGACUAUUACGUGGAGAACGGGUGCCGGUCGCGCAAGCCGCUCAAGCUGGCGCGGUGCGAGGGAGGGGGCUGCGUGGGCGGUGGUGGGGGGUGCUGCCGACCGCGCAAGAGCAAGCGGCGCAAGGUGCGGCUCAUCUGCAAUGACGGCACCCGCUACAUCCGGGAUGUCGACAUGGUGCGCAAGUGCGGCUGCGCCAAAAAGUGCUUUUGAAUCCCCUUGCUCGCCCCGACCCCGCGCAGUACAAACCCCGCCCUCAGCCACUGCCCGCGAAAGACUGCCCUCAAGGUUCGGCCUCGCAUUUUCUCUUUGCCAAGCUUCCCAUCGCGCUUUAAGUUUCGAUUCAUGUAAAUAUCUGAUGAAUACUCCGGCGAAAGCAACUGAAGGCAAAAGUAUUAAUUACCUCACGACGAUGAUUUAGAUGCAUAACGAGCUAAUAUAUUAUAUAUAUAUAAAUAAAUAUAAAAACGUAUAAUAUAAAUAUAUAUAACUAUGUAUACACACAUAUAUUAUAAACACAUUUAUACAUUCGCGUAUCUCUCUUGUAUGUGUUCCAAUCUGAUAUAAACAUUGUUGUCUCGAGUCUUGGCCCUAAUCAAUUACCGUGUUGUUAAGUUGUUGAUUGUUUCCGUCUCAUAGAAAUAACCAAAUUUUGUACCAAUUCACUAUGGUCAGAAACAUUCGAUACAGAAAAAACAUUUCUUUAUUCUUGCUCCCCGCCGAUAACGUUUAGCUUCAUUUGUUUCAUAUUCAUCACUUUUCGUCAUAAAAAGCAGCUAAAAUACUUAAUGAAUGUUGGUCCGUCUCGUCCCAGACAAUCAAAUGUUAUCUUUGCACACCUUCAAUGUGAUUUCAGGUUAUUUUUCUUUUCGACCCCAUUUUCCCAUUUUAUGAUUAUUUUCAGUUCAAUUUUACUCUCUGAUUUGAUGGCGUCCAUGAGUGAAUUUCACUACGAUAUAUUAAUGUUAAUGUGAAAUUUCAAUGCAAAUUGUCUCCUAUUGUAUGGCGAAACAAAUAAAUAUAUAGUAAGUAAAACUAACUCUCAA